CAGCCACGCUGCAGCGCGCCGAGCUGGAGUGGCCGGCCGCCGACGCCAUGGCCGUGUCCACCUCGCUGGCCAUCUCCAACAUGAGGCCCAUCUUCUCCGGAUACCCGUUCCAAGGUCAGGGCCGGGUCAACCAGCUGGGCGGCGUGUUCAUCAACGGCCGGCCGCUGCCCAACCACAUCCGUCUGAAGAUCGUGGAGAUGGCGUCGGCGGGGGUGCGACCGUGCAUGAUAUCGCGGCAGCUGCGCGUCUCGCACGGCUGCGUCUCCAAGAUCCUGAACCGGUACCAGGAGACGGGCAGCAUCCGGCCGGGCGUCAUCGGCGGCAGCAAGCCGCGCGUCGCCACGCCCGAGAUCGAGACCAAGAUCGAGGAGUACAAGAAGGAGAACCCGGGCGUCUUCAGCUGGGAGAUCCGAGACCGAUUGAUCAAGGAGGGUCUCUGUGACGAAGAGCCGGCGCUGUUUCAGGAGGGCCUGUGCGACCGUAACUCGGCGCCCUCUGUCAGCUCCAUCUCACGCAUCCUGCGCGGUGGCCCGGCGGGCGACGAGCUCAGGAAGGACCACAGCAUCGACGGCAUCCUCGGCGAGUCGGCAGGUGAGCAGACGCCUCCCAGCGCGAGGUCGCACGAGGUCACAGGUGAUGCCACACGUGCGCUUCCUUUCUGGACGCCACACGUGUGGGAAUGA